CAAGACUACAGUUACUAGACUUUUUAUAGCUGAGAAGAGGCAAGUCUUCAUCACAUAUGCCCAAAGAGGUCCAAGGUGGCGGACAUUUUAGGCUGCUAAGGAGUUGAAAAAAUGACACCAGCAUAUGAAUACGACUACAGCGAGUACGACUCCGAUUACGGUCAAAGUGAAGUUUGCAAUAAAACAGACGUUGUCAGAUUUGGAUCCAUCACGACCCCGAUAUUCUUCUCCGCAGUGAUCGCCCUGAGUCUCGUGGGGAACAUCUUAGUCCUCGCGAUCCUGGUGCUGUACGAGACCCUCCGAUCGCUCACGAAUACUUUCAUUCUAAACCUGGCCCUUUCGGACUUGGUCUUCACCUUUGGACUGCCGUUCUGGGCGUACGAUCAUCUGUGGGGAUGGACGCUUGGAGAGAGAACCUGCAAAGCCGUUAAUUUUGUCUUCUACGCCGGAUAUUACAGCAGCAUCGUUUUUCUAAUGAUAAUGACCAUCCACCGCUAUCUGGCGGUGGUCCAUCCACUCUCUGACUUCGGAACCAGGAAGCGUUUCUAUGGGAUCAUCGCCUCCUCCAUUAUCUGGACAGUGAGCUUUGCAGCAGCCGUCCCCUCCCUCCUCUACACCAAGGUCGUACUCCACAACGGAGUGUCGUACUGCACGUACGACGACAUAACUUGGAAGACGGCUUCGGCUUUCCAGCAAAACGUAGUUUUCUCGCUUGCGUUUUUGGUGAUCGCCUUCUGUUACGCCAACAUUCUGCGGACAAUCCUCCGAUCGAGAUCGCACGCAAGGCACAGAACCGUGAAGCUAAUCUUCACCGUGGUGGUGGUGUUUUUCGUGGGAUGGGCGCCGUACAAUACGAUGAUAUUUCUGAGAUCGCUGACGGAUUUGCAGGUGCCACCUUUCGACCAGUGCAAAAUCAGUAUCGCGGUUGAUUAUGGGUUUUAUGUCUGUCGUCUGAUCGCCUUCUCUCAUUGCUGCUUGAACCCUGUCUUUUAUGUCUUUGUUGGCGUGAAAUUCAGGACCCACCUAAAGAUGAUUCUGCGAUGUAUCUGGCAACCACAGGCCAACGGCGAAAUAUACCGCCGCACUAGCAGGCUUAACUCGCACUCGCACGGCUCCAUGUAUUAAAACUGCACAAACGAUUUAAACAAAUAAAAAAUAACGUUGCGUAAAAGUGAGUUUAACAUGGAUGCCAUGUAGGUUGCCACGCGAAAUGCAAUAAUUGGAGUAAUGAUAAACUUCAACGGGAAGCUUGUUGGCUAGCCUAUUUGUCCUGGGUAGACUGGUUAAAAUUUAUCCUUGGUUUAAUUUCUGGAUUUUACUGUAGUCAAUUAUUUGUACAUUCAUACUUUGAUAUGCUAUCCUGACAUGUAUUCAUAGAACAUCAUUGAAGUUAAUUAUUAGUAUAUCUUACUUUUGUGAGUAAUUAAACAUUGCUGUGUUGUGUACAGGAUUGCAAUUAUAUUUUCAUUAAAAGUACGAUGAUGGUG